AUGACUGUAAUAACAUCAGAAGAUGUUUAUAAAUUUGUUAAAGACUGUAUAAAAAUAAAAGAGGAAGUAGAAAAUUCAAAAAAGAUUAAAAAAAAAGAAAAAAACACAAAUGAAUUGAAAAAUAAAUUGUCAAAAUACAAUUUCGAUUAUUCUAAAUUUGAAAGUUGUAUAAAAGAAAUUGAAGAUGAAGAAGAAGAAAAAAUAGAAAAAAACAAGCUCAAUUACAUGAAUAAUAGGAAUCCAUGUACUCAUGAUCAUUCAAAAGAAAGACAAUUAUAUGAGAAAGAUUCAAAAGAAAAAAUAAAAGCCUCUAGCGCUUUUAAUGAAGAAGGAAAAAAGGCUUUUUAUGAAAAAAAUUAUAAACUUGCAUGUGUGUAUUUUCGUAAAGGAUUAAUACAACUAGACUAUAGUUUUCCUGAUUCGGAACAAGAUAUAAAUGAACAAAAAAAACUAGAAAUUAAUUUACAUUUAAAUAUGGCAUUAACAAAAUUUCAUAUGUCUAAAUAUUAUGAAUGUAUAAGUGAAUGCUCUACAGUUUUAAAUCUAGAUAAGAAUAACAUAAAAGCUUAUUACAGAAAAGGACAAGCCUAUAUGAAGCUAGACUUAUAUAAUGAAGCAAAACAAGAAUUUUUGAAAGUAUUAGAUCUUGAUCCUAAUGAUAAUAAUGUAAAAAAGUCUUUAUUGACCUUAAAAGAAAAAAUUUUAACUUAUAACAAAAAAAACAAAUUAGUCUUUUCUAAAUUUUUUUCUUUUAACGAAAAUAAGGAAAAUAAAUUAAAAAACGAGAAAAAAAAAGGUAAGGUAAAAGAUAAUUUAAAUAAAGGAAACAAUGAAAAUACUCAUGAAAAAAACAAACAUGAGAAAUUAGUAAUGAAUAAAGAGAAUUUAAAAAAAAUAGAUAAAGAUAAUAAUUUUGAUAAGAAUUUAUUAAAUAAAACAGAACAUAAUAAAAGUUAUUUAUAUAAAGCGAAGGAAUACAUACUUAUGAUAAAUAGCUCAAACUAUUUUAAAAAUUAUUAUGAGUUCUUAAUGAAAAAUGCUUUUCUAUAUAUUUUUAUAUGUUUUUCAAUUUUUUUAUUAAUUUUUACUUCAUAUAAAAAUUUCUUAACAUAUUUACCCUUUUUUCCAAUUUUAUCUUUUAUUGUUUUUUUAUUUAUAUAUAUUUCUAAAAAAAAAUAA